UCCGCCCCGGCCGCCAUUGCCUCGUGCCCGCGCUAGUCGGUUGGUGGCGCCUUUGUCCUACGGCGGGGCAGGUGGGCUGAGGCCGAGGCGGCAGCGGCGGGCCUGAGGCGGAGGAGCGGCGGGGAGGCGGCCGCGCCGGUAGCGAUAUUAAUAAGGCAGCGGAAAGAAGAAAUAUGAAUACGGCUCCAUCAAGACCCAGCCCCACACGAAGGGAUUCCUAUAGCUUUGGAGAUAGUCGAGAUACAAGGCGUGAUCGCUCUCCAAUUCGAGGAAGUCCAAGGAGAGAACCCAGGGAUGGCAGAAAUGGCCGGGAUUCCCGUGAUAGCAGAGAUAUUCGAGAUUCUCGGGAGUUGCGGGACCGCAGAGACAGCAGGGACAUUCGGGAUCACAGAGACAGCAGAAGUGUACGUGAAGCCCGGGACCUGAGGGAUUUUCGGGACUUGCGUGAUCUAAGAGACUCUAGAGAUUUCCGAGAUCAUCGAGACUCCGUGUAUGACAGAUACAGAGAUAUAAGAGAUUCCAGAGAUCCUUUGUACAGGAGAGAAGGCUCUUACGACCGGUAUCUGAGGGUGGAUGACUAUUGCCGGAGAAAGGAUGACUACUUUGACCGUUACAGAGACAGCUUUGAUGGACGAGGCCCUCCUGGCCCAGAGAGUCAGUCUCGAGCAAAAGUCUUCAUGAAGACAGUAAGCUCACAGCUUGAGCUGCGGCCAGCGAGUGCUCACCUGGGACCUGUUUGUUCUCAUAGAGAUUACGCUGAGUCUGUGGGGAGGAAGGUACGAGACCUGGGCAUGGUUGUGGACCUGAUCUUCCUCAACACAGAGGUAUCCCUCUCACAAGCGCUGGAGGACGUCAGCAGGGGAGGCUCUCCCUUUGCCAUCGUCAUCACCCAGCAGCACCAGAUUCACCGUUCCUGCACAGUCAACAUCAUGUUUGGAACACCACAAGAGCAUCGCAACAUGCCCCAGGCAGAUGCCAUGGUGCUGGUGGCCAGAAAUUACGAGCGCUACAAGAAUGACUGUCGAGAAAAGGAACGUGAGGAGAUUGCCCGACAGGCGGCCAAGAUGGCUAAUGACGCCAUCCUCCAGGAAAGAGACCGUGGAGGCCCUGAAGAGGGAGGUCGUGGAGGGCACCCUCCAGCUAUCCAGAGCCUCAUCAACCUCCUGGCAGACAACAGAUACCUCACUGCGGAGGAGACGGACAAGAUCAUCAACUACCUGCGCGAGCGGAAGGAGCGGCUCCUGAGGAGCAGCGCCGACUCUCUGCCUGGCCCGAUUUCCCGCCAGCCACUAGGGGCGGCCUCGGGUUCCUCGCUGAAGUCACAACCAAGUUCUCAACCGCUUCAGAGCGGCCAAGUGCUCCCUUCUGCUACACCCACUCCAGCCGCACCCCCCACCUCCCAACAAGAGCUUCAGGCCAAAAUCCUCAGCCUCUUCAAUAGUGGCGCGGUUGCGGCCAACAGCAGCUCUGCAUCCCCCUCAGUGGCUACCGGAAGCUCCCAGAACCAGAAUUUUUCCACAGCAGCAAACAGCCAGCCUCAGCAAAGACCGCAGGCCUCAGGAAAUCAGCCUCCAAACAUUGUGGGACAGGCAGGGUCUGCUCGGAACAUGGGCCCUAGGCCUGGGGCUCCUUCCCAAGGGCUCUUUGGUCAGCCUUCCAGUCGCCUGGCACCGGCCAGCACCAUGACUAGCCAGAGGCCUGUAUCUUCCACAGGUAUUAACUUUGACAAUCCAAGUGUACAAAAGGCUCUGGACACCCUGAUUCAGAGUGGCGCUGCCCUUUCCCACCUGGUUAGCCAAACUGCAGCACAGGUGGGGCGGCCCCAGGCCCCCAUGGGAUCUUACCAGAGGCAUUACUGAGGCUAUACUGAGCCACUGUUCCUAGCCCCGCCCCUUUCCCUGGCCCCUCCCACUUCGUCCUAAGUAGAGUUGUUUGGAAGUGUUCGAAACAUUUUCCAGGUCAACAUCAAAUAUCCUAAGUUUCUCUCACCACUCCUUCCUGCAGCUGUUGCUUAUCACUUAACAGAAUCAGAACUUAGACUGCAUUCGGGGCUGGAUCUUUUGUUUGGGUCGAAGAUAAGUGUUCUGGGAUCUGGGCUCAGCUUCUGUCUGGGAUCGCUCUGGCAGCUGCCUGGCAGAUUUGGAGGAACAGGAAGAAGCCAAGUGCAGCUGCCCCAGUGGGAACACCAUUUCUAGAGGCAGUGGUCGCAGCCUUAGUCUUCACCUCCACAGCAGCCAGAGCUGUGGCCUGCCUGGCUCCCAGUGAAGCCAGGUGGUCUUGGCAGACAGUGUCAUCAUUGUUCCAUCAGAGAAUGGAACUCCAAGGACUCGAGUGAUUUCUCUGGACUGUCAAAGUGCCGUGUGGCAGCCAGAGGAGAGAGGACUCCUGUGACUGCAUCAGAGUGGUCCCUUGAAGUCGGUUUGGUUUCGUAUUUUUUUAUUUUCCUGGAGGGUCUCCAGACAAGUGAGCAGCUCUUUUGGCUUUGACAUGAACUGUGACUCUAGGGCCCACUGCUAUCCACAGCGUUAGCUGCACCUUUCUCUCCAGCUGCACCUCACAGUCAGCAAUCAGCACUGGAGGCAGCUCCAGGCCGUGAUUUCUUUUGAGCCCCAAGCUUUUGUUUUCAUCCAGACUCUUGUUCUGUUUUCUGAGAGAGGGACCGUUUGAUGGCAGACUGUAGUAGUUGGAUACAUUCUGAUACAGAAGAGCAUUUGUGUAACUUUUGAGACAGGGUGAUAUUUAGAGAAAGAAGGGUUCUGGCUGCUGCCCUGAGUGGGGCCAGAGGAAGAAGCACCUUUGCCUUUGGCAGAGGCUGCUCAGUGGAUGAAGUGAGGAUCGGGUCAGGGGAGGAUCAGGCCUGGCUGGGCGGCAAGAGUGGUAACUCCAGUUGAGUCCCUGCCAGAGGCUGAGCAAACCAGUUUCAAAAGCUAAGUCCCCAAAUGGCAGCAGUUUAUGUUCUGAUCUGUUUGUGUUAUACGGUGGGGUCCCCCUCCCCUCUUUGGAACUCUUGUGUUGUUGAUAAAAUGAAAUAAUUACUUUUUAAUUAAAA